AUGCUUCAACAAACUGCUUUCAGGAAAAAACGACUUGAAGAGGCUAUGCAUCGUCUACACUAUGCUCAAGCAAAGAUCGACAUGCUUUUGACGGAGCAAUCACUGUUAGAUUUCCACGAAAGAUUCCUCUCCAUUAAGAGUCAAAUAUUAUUGUCUGAAGCUCGUAUCCAUAGAAGAGAAGGUCAUUUGGAUUCAGCUGUAUCAGCUUGUCAUCAUGCUGCUAGCAUAGCUGACAAUAACGAUUUAUUAUUUGAGAUUCUUCUUCUUCGUGCCAAAUGUAAUUUCGACCGUCAUGAUGUAGAUCGUGCACGAGCUGAUGCUUCUGCUGCCACCCAACUUAAGCCUACUUGUGAUGAAGCGCGACAUCUGUUGAACACGCUACAGUUGCCUUCUACAGAUAUUUCUCGAUUAUAG